GGGAGCCUGAUUCCUCCAGCUCCAUUUUUCUUUCUCAAGAUUCCUUUGGCUCUUCAGGGUCUUUUGUGUUUCCAUACAAAUUGUGAAAUUUUUUGUUCUAGUUCUGUGAAAAAUGCCAUUGGUAGUUUGAUAGGGAUUGCAUUGAAUCUGUAGAUUGCUUUAGGUAGUAUAGUCAUUUUCACAAUGUUGAUUCUUCCAAUCCAAGGACAUGGUAUAUCUCUCCAUCUGUCUGUAUCAUCUUUAAUUUCUUUCAUCAGUGUCUUAUAGUUUUCUGCAUACAGGUCUUUUGUCUCCUUAGGUAGAUUUAUUCUUAGGUAUUUUAUUCUUUCUGUUGCAGUGGUAAAUGGGAGUGUUUCCUUAAUUUCUCUUUCAGAUUUUUCAUCAUUAGUGUAUAGGAAUGCAAGAGAUUUCUGUGCAUUAAUUUUGUACCCUGCUACUUUACCAAAUUCAUUGAUUAGCUCUAGUAGUUUUCUGGUAGCAUCUUCAGGAUUCUCUGUGUAUGGUAUCAUGUCAUCUUCAAACUGUGACAGUUUUACUUCUUCUUUUCCAAUUUGGAUUACUUUUAUUUCUUUUUCUUCUCUGAUUGCCGUGGCUAUAACUUCCAAAACUAUGUUGAAUAAUAGUGGUGAGAGUGGGCAACCUUGUCUUGUUCCUGAUCUUAGUGGAAAUGGUUUCAGUUUUUCACCAUUGAGAACAAUGUUGGCUGUGGGUUUGUCAUAGAUGGCCUUUAUUGUGUUGAGGUAAGUUCCCUCUAUGCCUACUUUCUGGGUUUUUUUUUUUUUUUAUCAUAAAUGGGUGUUGAAUUUUGUCAAAAGCUUUUUCUGCAUCUAUUGAGAUGAUUAUGUGGUUUUUCUCCUUCAAUUUGUUAAUAUGGUGUAUCACAUUGAUUGAUUUGUAUAUAGUGAAGAGUCCUUGCAUUCCUGGAAUAAAGCCCACUUGAUCAUGGUGAGUUUGUAAAAAAAUGUUAAAGUUGUCAGCUGGUAUGGUAAGUAUCUUGUCUGUUUCCAGGGGACUCCUUUGGUCAGUACCAUGUCUGUGCUGGCAAACAACUGAGGCUAAAUAAAGGAGUGUGGAAAUAUGAAUGAAAUAGUGCUAUUUACUAUCUGAGUGCAGCACACGUACCAAUGAACAGGAAGGUGAUGUGGAGAUCAGGAAGGCAUUAGUAACAAGCAAAGAUAUGAAAGGGGUUCAUCUUCAGCAAAUCAAAAGUACAUAACUGAAGUCCUCAGUCUGGUCAGAAUUGGGCCCUGAAUGGAGCCAAUAAGGUGACCAGAGAGAGUUAGAAGAGCUACAAUAUGCUUCUAUAACACUCCAUACUUCUCCAAUCAUAGCACUGAUAAAAUUUUAUUGAAUCGUUUGUUAGUUUCAUGUUAUUCUUGCAGAGUUACAAGAUGUGUGAAGACAGAGAUGGCUCAUCCAUGCCUGCUCCAUAGACAAUGUGUAAUAGAUAUUUUUUAAAAUAAGUAAAUGAAUGAAUAAAUGAAUGGGGGUAAAGAUGAGGACACAAAAGUGGAAGAGGGAGGUGGACAUCAGAGAAUGUUGCCUGGUUCCAGUGGGGUGACCCGGAUCAGCACAGGCCUGAUGCUAGCCACUCCCAUACAACUCCUUUCUUUCUAAUCCACUUCUCAUUCUCUUUGGGAAGGAUUGAGGUCUCUGGAAAAUAGCCAAAAAACAAUUAAGGGAGCGGCCAGCCCAAAUUAAUGCUCAAGCAUCAGGAGUAUCUGAGCACUGAAAGCCACUACUAUUCACCCUCUCUCAGCUGAAGGGGUGAGAAAGAGUUCCCAAAGCCAUAACUCUUUUUAGGUGGAUUUAGAAGGCAUAUAAAGGCCCCUGGCUGAGGACUUGCCUCCUCAUUUCCACAACUGGUGCCAGAACUCUCAAUCCUCCACUGAGAGAAAAUGUCCAUCCAGUAAGUAUCUCUGGGAGAUUACUUUUUUAAUUCCUUAGUGUGUUGAUGGUAAAUGGUCUAUUUCAAGAGCUCCUGAAGAGGACUGAUGACCCCUUUAGGGAAGGCGGAGUUUCUUCCUAUUUAUAUAUUGAAGCAAAUAUCUAGAAUUCAGGUCUAAAUUUCAGUGGGAUUUGUGUGGCUUGGAAUGGGCCUUGGAAGUAGUAGUGAGCAUGAAGAUUUCAAUGAGGCAGACCUGGGUUCCACUUCUUGCCCAGCCAUUUCCUAGCUGUGUGAUUUUGGGCAAAUUACUUUUGGAAGUCUUGGCUUUUCCGUAUAUAAAAUGAGUAGUACUUACUCUAUUAUGGUGUUGUGAGAUUUAAAUGAAUGAAUAGCAUACAAAGUCAUUUUUAUAGUAUGUGGCACAUGGUAAGUGCUUAAUAAAAAAUAUCUAUCAUAAUUAGGCAGUCUGGUCAGAGCUCUCACUCUAAGAAGUUAUAAAAUGGAGCCAAAGUGAGAAGGGAGAAAAUAAUCAAAAAUAUAAGACCUAAAUCUCCUUGUCUGUCUAUAUUUAAAAUGUACUGUAACUCUUGGAGACUGGUGAUGAAAUGAGAUGAUGGGAAGAAGUGAUGGUAUAAUAUGGAUGAAUAACAAAGGAUGACAAACUGACCCCCAAACCUGUGGUCUCCCAGUGCAUAAGAGGGAGAAGAAUGAGACUGUCUGGGAGGCAAGAGAAUAAAUGAUGCAGUAAAAGCUGAGGGUAGGGACAGGGCAGGCUAAUUCUGUGGGAAGGACUCACUCAGGAAGAGAAGUGACAAUGGCGGGAUUUGUUGACUUGUCUUCAGAAAUAUGGGAAAACUGCAGAGGGCAAGUCCACUGUGGCAUUAAAAGGGAGGUCAUUUUCUCUUUCAUCAAAGGAGGAGCACUGACCUGGGCCCCUUUGCCAACCUGGUACAUUUCUACCACCACACCACACCAAAACACUGUGUGCUCCCAGCCCAGGCUAGAAUGGCAGUAUGCACCACCACUGAGCAGAGAGCAUCUUUUCUCCUGGAGCUCUGCCUCUGUCUCCGUGGACUUCCUGAGAUUCCACAUGGGCUUCCUCCUCAUUAUUCCACCAUUUCAGAGUCGAACAUCCUGCUGGUGGUUACAAGAAACUGUUUGAAACUGUGGAGGAACUAUCCUCACCGCUCACAGCUCAUGUUACAGGCAGGAUCCCCCUCUGGCUGACCGGCAGUCUCCUUCGAUGUGGGCCAGGACUCUUUGAAGUUGGAUCUGAGCCAUUUUACCACCUGUUUGAUGGGCAAGCUCUCCUGCACAAGUUUGACUUUAAAGAAGGACACGUCACAUACCACAGAAGGUUCAUCCGCACUGAUGCUUACGUACGGGCAAUGACUGAGAAAAGGAUCGUCAUAACAGAAUUUGGCACCUGUGCUUUCCCAGACCCCUGCAAGAAUAUAUUUUCCAGGUUUUUUUCUUACUUUCGAGGAGUGGAGGUUACUGACAAUGCCCUUGUUAAUAUCUACCCAGUGGGGGAAGAUUACUAUGCCUGCACAGAGACCAACUUCAUUACAAAGAUUAAUCCCGAGACCUUGGAGACAAUUAAGCAGGUUGAUCUUUGCAACUAUGUCUCAGUCAAUGGAGCCACUGCUCACCCCCACAUUGAAAAUGAUGGGACUGUUUACAAUAUUGGUAAUUGCUUUGGGAAAAAUUUUUCAAUUGCCUACAAUAUUGUAAAGAUCCCUCCACUACAAGCAGACAAGGAAGAUCCAAUAAGCAAGUCAGAGAUUGUUGUACAAUUCCCCUGCAGUGACCGAUUCAAGCCAUCUUACGUCCAUAGUUUUGGUUUGACUCCCAACUAUAUUGUUUUUGUGGAGACACCAGUCAAAAUUAACCUGUUCAAGUUCCUUUCUUCAUGGAGUCUUUGGGGAGCCAACUACCUGGAUUGUUUUGAGUCCAAUGAAACCAUGGGGGUUUGGCUUCAUAUUGCUGACAAAAAAAGAAAAAAGUAUAUCAAUAAUAAAUAUAGGACAUCUCCUUUUAACCUCUUCCAUCACAUCAAUACCUAUGAAGAAAGUGAGUUUCUGGUUGUGGAUCUCUGUUGCUGGAAAGGAUUUGAAUUUGUUUAUAAUUACUUAUAUUUAGCCAAUUUACGUGAGAACUGGGAAGAGGUGAAAAGAAAUGCCAGAAAGGCUCCCCAGCCUGAAGUUAGGAGAUACGUACUUCCUCUGAAUACUGACAAGGCUGACACAGGCAAGAAUUUAGUCACACUCCCCAACACAACUGCCACUGCAAUUCUGUGCAGUGAUGAGACCAUCUGGCUGGAACCUGAAGUUCUCUUUUCAGGGCCUCGCCAAGCAUUUGAAUUUCCUCAAAUCAACUACCAGAAGUAUGGUGGGAAACCUUAUACCUACGCAUAUGGACUUGGCUUGAAUCACUUCGUUCCAGACCGGCUCUGUAAGCUGAACGUCAAAACUAAAGAAACUUGGGUCUGGCAAGAGCCUGAUUCUUACCCCUCAGAACCCAUCUUUGUUUCUCACCCAGAUGCCUUGGAGGAAGAUGACGGUGUAGUUCUGAGUGUGGUGGUGAGCCCUGGGGCAGGUCAAAAGCCUGCUUAUCUCCUAAUUCUGAAUGCCAAGGAAUUGAGUGAAGUUGCCAGGGCUGAAGUGGAUAUUAACAUCCCUGUCACCUUUCAUGGACUGUUCAAAAAAUCCUGAGCACAUUCUAGCCUAAUAUGUUUCUGGUGACAAAACCCAGAAAAACAUAGUCAGGUCUGCAGUCAAAUUCUGUUCAGUUUUAGCCUGCUGUAUAUGAGUUUUAACUUGCAGAUGCACAAUUUUGCAGUGUUUUACAGAACAUACAGAGUUGAGUAAGCAAUUCCUUUUAAAAAAAUGCAUAUUUAGGUAAUCAUACUUUCUCUGUGAGACAGACACAUCAUAACUAAAAACUAUAUAUUUACAAUCAAAGAGCAAAUGAAUGUGGAUUUAUUAAACUGUUUUUUAUUCCUAUUAUAAAAGUAUAUUUUAGGUACUUAUCUGCUCCAAUUACUUUUUAACUCUUAAAAGCCAGUCCUCUACACCUGAUUUAUAUGUGGCUUUGCCAAGUCAAAGCAGUACCUUGCAAAAAGGCUUAAUUAUUAAAUGUCAAACCAAACUUUUUCUCAAACCAGGGACUAGCAUCUAAGACAAUCAUUGUAAUUGUAUGCAUAUAUAUAUUAUUGUUCAAAGAGUCUCAAGUUUUAUAAACUUUAACAUUUCCAUUUAAUGUAAGCAAUUACUACUAUUUCUGAUUUUACAAUGAGGAAACCUAUCUCUAAUCCACUGAGGGCUCUCAAUCAAAUAAUUUCUUAGAGAUUAAGUUAUCUAUUAAAAGCUUACAUAACAUCCAAGCAAUUACAUAUAGUGUUGACUGUAAUUUUUUUAAAAAACAGAGCAUAAAAUACUUACAAAUAUAAUUUCUGUUUAAAAUCAGAGUAUGGAGUAAUAAUGUGUGUGGGGGGGGUUAUACUUUGUUGGCUCAUCUGCCUAAUUAUAUUUAAGCACUGUGCAAUCACCUGAAAGUGAAAAAAGAGAAAUAUUGUCAUUAACUUUCCAAUAUUAAUAUAUUUUAAGUACUUUUGUUUUUAAAAUUAUUCUCUUCUGAGCUACAUAUUGCAAAAAAAUGAAGAUUGACAAAAAUGUUUAUUCUGUAUCUUAAUCCUGGCAUCUAUUUUAUGCUCAAAAGUAUUACAUAUCAUUGUAUUUAAGAUGAUCAGCAUUGUGUUUGACUAAGUAAAAACAGCUUGCAGGAACAGACUGACUAGUGUACUUGAUGUAUCCAUUUGAUUUCUUUAUUUAGAUAAAAUGCAAACUCGUUUUUUAAAAUUAUAAAUACUCAUUAAAACAUACUUUUCAAAGAAAAUUUAAGAUU